GAAGAUGGCCUAACAGCGACAUUUGCUUGCAAGGAAGGGUUUACCAUGAACGGCGCCAAUCAAUCGGUAUGCCGAGACGCGGUGUGGAGCAACGGCGCCCCAAAUUGCACCGACUCGUCAUGCGGCGUCCUGGACACACCAGCCAAUGGCUCGAUCUCUCUCAGCGAAGAUGGCCUAACAGCGACAUUUGCUUGCAAGGAAGGGUUUACCAUGAACGGCGCCAAUCAAUCGGUAUGCCGAGACGCGGUGUGGAGCAGCGGCGCCCCGACCUGCACCACUGACCCAGACAUUGAUCCCAUCCCAGGCGACAAUAACGCCGUCGUCAUCGCUCUCAGUGUGGUCUUUUCCAUUAUCUUUAUCGUACUCCUCGUCGUUGGCAUAUUCGUGUUUCUGCGACAUCGGCAAUCGGGCCUGUUCAAUUCCGACAAACAAGAACCACAUAACAGUCCGACCAUUUCCACUAAUGGAAUGGAGAACGACGCAAGUAACCGCGAGCAUAUCUCUAUGGAUUUAAAGAAAUGACGCAAUCUUGCGCCAUGUGAGAGCGACAAAGUUCAAGAUUGAAACAAAAUACAAAAUAUAAAAUUCACAUAUUACAUAAUGUACGUUGAAUCAAGAGCGGAAGGGGUUAAAGGUAGGCGUUACUACUGCAGCUAGAAGGGAUUGGACCACACAGCGAGCCAACGAGGUCACUGUGACAGGUGGCU